AUGCCCUUGACAACAAAGAUUUCAGAAGAAAAGACAUCGUCGUCAGAAAUGAACAACGAUUCGGAACAAACGGCAGCUUUACAUUCCGAUGAUCUUCGAACAAUAAUUAAAACAUCGAAUCGUUUUUAUUAUGUCAUUCAAUUCAUAUUUGCACCUUUGAAUCGGAUAUGUCGCUGUUCUCGACGUCAAAAGGAAUCGCAAGACGCCGAUGCUUCUCCGACUCAAGCAGCUGGAGAAGAAAACAGAAAUUGGAUUGUCGAUCCCUCGGGCUCGUUCUACUACUACUGGUCAGCUAUUGUUUCACUUGCUGUUCUCUACAACUUAACUCUCUUAAUCGGUCGAAGUGGUUUUCUUCUUCUCCAAGAUCGUCUCUUAAUUCUUUGGCUUAUUUGUGAUUAUCUUUGUGAUAUUUGUUAUAUUGUUGAUACAUUUAUCCAAUCACGAAAGACUUAUCUUGAUCAAGGUCUGGUUGUUCGUGAUUUAUCUAAAUUACGUAAUCAUUACAUUCACAGUCGAGCAUUUCUAUUAGAUAUUCUUUCGUUAUUACCAACUGAUUUUCUGUAUUUCAUACCGAAACUUUACCUUUUACCAUCAUUACGUUUUAAUCGUUUACUUCGCGUCUAUCGUUUCGUAGAAUUCUCUGACAAAGUCGAAACCCAAACUAAUCAUCCGAAUAUCUUUCGUCUUGUUUCGUUAUUAACGACUAUUGUGAUAUUAAUCCACUGGAAUGCAUGCAUCUAUUUCAUUAUCAGUCGAUGGAUUGGUUAUUCGAGUGAUUCAUGGGUUUAUAAUAUGACCGCACCGACCGGAACAAUGCUAUCAACGCAAUAUAUCUAUUGUUUCUUUUGGUCAACAUUGGUCUUGACGAAUAUUGGUGAAGUCCCGCCACCAGAAUCCGAUAUUGAAAUUCUUUUCGUUACUACGAAUUUUCUUCUCGGCGUGAUUGUUUUUGCUACUAUUGUGGGAAAUGUCGGUUCUAUCAUCGCGAGUAUGAACACAGUUCGUGCUGAUUUCCGACAGAAAGUAGAUCAGAUCAAACAAUACAUGGGUUUUCGUAAAGUUGGCACUGAACUGGAACGACGUGUUAUCACUUGGUUUGAUUAUUUGUGGUUACAAAAACAAGUAGCUAAUGAAGAUGAAGUUUUAGAUUCUUUACCACAAAAACUCCGUGUCGAAAUAGCAAGUCACGUGCAUCUAGCAGCACUAAAACGUGUGCCCAUCUUCGCGGAAGCUCAACCUGGCUUACUUGUUGAACUUGUAACUCGACUUAAACUACAAAUCUUUAGUCCAGGAGAUUAUGUUUGUAAAAAGGGUGAUAUUGGAAAGGAAAUGUAUAUUAUCAAACGUGGUCGAUUGAGUGUCGUUUCAGACGAUGGAACAAAGGUUUUUGUUAAUCUCGAAGAAGGAAGUGUGUUCGGGGAAAUCUCCAUUCUUAAUAUUCCAGGAAGCAAAACUGGAAAUCGCCGAACAGCGAAUAUUCGAAGUGUUGGUUAUUCCGACUUAUUUUGUUUAACAAAACAAGAUUUAUGGGAAGUGUUAGCUGAAUAUCCAUCUGCUCGUGAUACAUUAAUCGAACGUGGUAAAGCACAUCUACGGAAAGACAAUCUACUCGAUGAGGAUGCCGCACAAACUGCUCAACUCGAUCAAGCUGCUAUUCCAGACAAAGUCGCUCGAAUUCAAGAAAGCAUCGAUAAAUUAGAAACACGUAUCGCACGCAUUAUGGGCGAAUACAAAGCCAAUAUGAAUGCACUCGGUCAACGUUUACAAGCCAUUGAACAACUAACCGAAGAAAAACAUGAAAAUGCACUCGAUCCGACCGGCGCCAUAACUUACGCUGAAGAUGUUUGA